CCACACGAAAACAAGAAAAGAAACCCCACGGCACCGACACCGCCAGCCGGUCUUUUACAACUCGUCACUUCGUCUAACAGUCAAGCGAGCCCUCGAUAAUUUGAGGAAGCGGCGUGCCACGAAUAAUUCCGCUCGCCUAUGUUUUUGCAACGCAGCAGCGAGCACGGUUUGUCGCGGUCAUCAGGAUUAUUCAGGGUGGGAAGGGUUAGAUGAAUGCAAAAUGGUUGAGAGUAAUGUAGGAGCCAGAAAAUGGAACAAAGGAUCGGAGAAAAACGGAAGUGACAGAACCGCCUAUGCGCCUCCAUCACGCGCAACCAGAUAUGCCCCUUCUGCCAGUCCACUUUCCUCUGUGCUUCAUUUUCCUUCCUCGAUAUCUUCUCCUUCCUCUCGUGUCUCUUGCUCAAGCCGACCUUCGGCCUCUUCCUCUCCUAAUGGUAUCAAAAAGAAGGUAGACGCAGCUUCCUGCAGCAGUGUCGCCCAUAAUAGCGGUUCAUGUAUACGUACGGAAGACCGAAGGCAAGGAGAGGAAAAAUCUACCACGACAGCUAAUCUACACAUGGUGGACGAAAGAACUAUUAUGCGUGAAGAGCACUCGCCAAUAUGUAUCACAAACGAUGACAGUCAAUUCAGCCGAGAUGAGACAGAGCGCACGCAGCCCGGUUGCAGUGAACUGUUGCACACUACAGAAAAGUCUCAUGGUGAAGCGCCGUUGAGGAAGCGCUCGGCGUCCCAAGAAAACAUUACCACUAAUGGAGGAGAAAGUUCAAACGACGACAAAGGUUCGGAGAAAGACACGGUAUCAAGGCAGCAGGAGCGCAAAUCCCCUUUGCAAGACGGUAGAACUGGAGACGCGUUUGUUUGUGUACAACUGGAAGGGUCAUCCAGGCAACGGGACCUGCAGGGCAUUACGGGGAAUGACGCGUUUCGGCGCUGUCCUUCCCGGGCCACUCCAGCGUCCCAACCAACGAAACACCAGAUUCUUCUCCGGCUAGUAUUUGAAGAUUUCCGUGGUCCUGUAGCGUAGAGCCUGUUGUACCGGCUGUAGAUUAGCUGUAUUAGUAGAUGUUUUCUCUCUUUGUCUUGGAAGUUACUUUUGCCUUUUUCAGCGGACACGCAUGAGAACCGUAGAAGUGGACGCUCGCAAAUGAUCUGUCUGACGUGAAAUUCGUGUACUCCUGUUCGGUAAAGGCGAACAUGGAUCCUUUGAACACUGUGAGUCCGUCGUCCGUGUAUGUUUUUUCACACCGUCGUGUGACGUGCUCGGAGACAACAAGGAGGACUGACACAGUUAAUAUCCUAGGGUUCCUAUCUAUAC